UUAUAAUUUAUUUAUGUAUGCUAUCUUACAUUGUAAUGCCGGUAGAAAUACAUUUUUCUUUUAGUCGCAUUGUGAGUAACGUACAGCUAUUGCUUGAUUUAAUUACACAGCAUAAUGAAAUUGGGACUUUUUAGAUUGAAGGACAUCGAUAAAUUAACUUAUACAUUGCGGAAGCUGUCAGAUCUGUUGUAUCAAUAUGAAAAUGAUCUACUUGGUGUGGAAUAUCUAGCAUUCUUCCAUGACUCAGAAAAGGACAAUUUCGGAUGUCUUCUCUGCACAAAGUUUAAGAAAGGAAAUCUUCAAAGUAUGUUGAAUCAUUUCAAGACAAAGCUGCACUGGACAUCAUUUUUACAAAAGCAUUUUCCGAAUGUUUAUGAACGUUUACAGAAAAUGGAGAUUGAACUAAAGCCAUCAGAAGAGGAGUUUCGUACUCUAUUAAAAUCACUAAUCAAGGAAAUCAUUAGGAGAUGCCCAAAAGGCUGCCCAAUUGCGUUAAGCAUCAACAAUGCUAUAUCAUGUAAAAUAGAAAUUGCAAGAGAAAUUUUUGAGACAUCAGAAAUUAAAGAAAAAGCUAUAAACACACUUUGCAUUGAUCUGAUUGUUCAAAUCAAAAAAUUUGGGAAUAGCAUUCGACAAAAGCAAGCAAUUGUAGAUGAAAUCAUUCCUGUAAUUGAGCCGAUAACGGAAUAUGACGAUUUAAGUGAUGGAGAAAUUUUUGAUGACAUGGAAUCACAAAUUGAGACUGGAAAACUGAAGAUCAAUGAAGCUAAAAGAAAAAGAAUUAUUAGAUCAAACUCCAGACAAAGCAUUACAAGAUCAAACUCCAGACAAAGAAGUCGAGUUCCAAGUAUUAACCGAUUAAUAAGUAAAUACAAAUAUAAAUAUGAAAAUGCUUCAAAAAUAAUUGAAUCAAAAUACAAAGGCUACAAAAUCACUCCUGAUUCCCAUCCAAACUACAAUUUAGAGUGGAAAUAUUACUGGACCAAAAAAGUCAUGUUCAAUCCUUAUGCUGAUGAUAAUUCGACAAAUUUUAUUGAAGCUUGGAAGAUUUUUUUUGAAAUUCGACUUGCCGAAUUAGAGUUGGAAGACAAGUUGAAGGCACGCAUAAGAAUUAGAAAUGCUUUAAGACUUCCAAUCGAUCCUGUUGAUAAUCAACGAUUAGAAAGAAUUUUAUCAAGUCAAUCAGAUGACGAGAGAAUGGUUGCAAACUUUAAUUAUGAUGAAGAAAUCAGAAGAUAUUCACCAAAAAGGAAGCGUGCAGCUGUCAAUAUUAAUGAAAUUGAGGAAAAAGAUCUUACUAAGAUGAAAACUAGAGAGCGUCUAUCAAUAAUCAAGAAUAAGAGCAAUAAACCAAACUUUGUGCCUCACAAAAACUCCCAGAAUCCUGAAAUGACCAGAAAUCUCAAAGCCACAACUGCCAAAAUUAAUCAAAAUUCUAUUGAUGCCAAUAACAAUGAGAUGACAGUCACAAAUAAUCAGCAAGAAGACCAUUCAAUACAAGCUGCUAAUAAUAAUGACAUAUCCGAUAGAAAUAAUCAGCAAGAUGAUAAUUCAGAACAAGCAACAACUGAGAAGGAUAACAUAUUGAUCAUGAGAGAUAAAGAGCUUAUUCUUCUUUACAAGCACUAUGAUGGUUUGACAGACGAGACAAAAUCACAUCUUACAGCGUAUAUGGAAGAAUUGAAGAGAUCUGAUCCAGCAAAAUUCGAAAGAAUUAGUAAACAUGAAUUGCCAGAAUCAAUUGGACCAGAAAUUCCAAUAUCUGAUGACGAUGAAGAUUAUGACGAGGAACUAAUGAGAAAUGUUUCGAUUAAUGCUCAAACUCUCUCAAAUUCUUCAGAUCAAGAACUUGUGAAUGUAUCUGAUGCUGAAACAGAGUAUAUCGACAUGACUUAUUCUGAUUGAGUACAUCUAGAUGCACUAUUGCAUAAUAGCAGCAUAAAAAAGUAAAAUUCCCAAAGCCUGAUUAUUAAUGCAGCAAAACCUUAAGCAUUUUAUUUGAUUUUUAUUCAAUUUGUGACAAUAAAAUCCAUUGGCAGCAUACAAAAGCUUUUUAAUUCAUUUUAUAUGUAUAAAUAAAUAGACUGCGAAAUGCAUCUGCAUUGUUCUUACUACAUUUGUUUAAUUAAGUAUUAACAGCUUUUUGAUGC